AUGGCGAAACCUUCCGUCUCUAAUGCCAGCGCUCCGGCCACCGGCCACUCACCUGGAAAAUCAACCGUCGCUCCGGUGAAGCUCGAAUCCGUUUCAGAAUCACCGCCGCAGUGCCAAUUGCAACCUCCGAACCCUCAUGUCAAAUCCGAGCAGGUCGAAUUGAAUGGCCUCCCAAUUGUUACGUUACCACCGCAGCAACCCGAGCAGCCCACCAGGUCCCGGGUCUUGGAAUCAGUACAAGGAUUGUGCAAUCUAUCUUCCGCCAUUCGAGAAUUCAAGAGCAGGUUCGACGAAUUGGAGAAGCACCUCGAAUUGAUCCGGACUGCGAUCGAGAGUCGCGAGCAGCAGCCACAUGGUCAACUUGACGGCGAUGGCGCUGCUCCGGCGAGUUCCGAGUUACUGCAUCUCUGCGAGACGAUGUGCGGCAAAAGUCUCCGAAAGUAUAUCAUCACUCGCCUGGACUACGUCUAG